AAACAUUCAACUUCUGAACAUCGCACAUUAAAUGACAGUAUUGUGUUAUGGUAUGAAGGUUUGCAAAGAUGUGGAAAGAGUUGCAGGCUACGCUGGACUAAUUAUCUGCGCCCUGACCUCAAGCAUGGCGAGUUCACAGAGGUCGAGGAGCAAACCAUUGUUAAACUCCACUCAGUUGUUGGGAACAGGUGGUCGCUCAUUGCCGCACAACUACCCGGACGCACAGACAACGACGUGAAGAACCAUUGGAACACAAAACUGAAGAAGAAGCUUUCAGGCAUGGGUAUCGACCCUGUAACUCACAAGCCUUUCUCUCACUUAAUGGCCGAGAUCGCUACCACUCUCGCCCCACCCCAAGUUGCACACUUAGCCGAGGCAGCUCUCGGUUGCUUCAAAGACGAGAUGCUCCAUCUCCUCACCAAAAAACGAAUCACAGACUGGCAGAGCAACCCAAGGCCACACGAGCCUCAAGUACAAGAAGCAAGAGAGAGAGAAAACACCACAGUGGAGAAGAUCAAGAUGGGCUUGUCUAGAGCCAUGCAAGCCCACCAUGGGAUUGCAACCGAGAGCCCGUGCUCGAAGAAUUGGACUCAAAGCGGGCUUGUCAGGGGUGAGAGUUUUGUGGGGUUGUGUGGUGAUUUCGAUCAAGCAGGAGUUGGAGGGUUCCAAUAUGGAGAUGGAGGAGAGGGAUCAGAGCCAUGGAGUCAGAGUGUUUGCAGUGGGAGUACUUGCACUGGAGGAGAGAGAGAUAGACAAAUGGUUGAGAAAGGGGCCGAUGAUGAAGGAGAGGAAGCACAAGGCGCGGCAGGGAAAGAGGUCGGGGUCUUCAAUUCAGAGUGUGUGUUGUGGGAUCUAGCGGACGAUCUCAUGAACCCGAUGGUCUGAUGAAGGGCCAUGAUU